ACAACGCGAAGCGAACGCCCGAGAAACAAAACAAGUUUCUAUCAAAUCCAGUUAGUUAUUUUUAAGACUUCACUGAAUUAGUGUGUCCAGAUUUUAUUAUUUGAUAUUCAAUAACAACUAACUUACGUAAUUCUAAAUAAUUGUUAAUUGAAUCGACGUCAGUUUACUAUUUAAUAAUUACUUGUUGCAUUUUUUUACCGUUUUCUUUGUUCGAAGUGAGAAAAGUUAAGCGACGUUGCCGUUCUUGCAUAGAACUUUUCCAACUUGAAUAUCACUUCCAAGAAACUUUAGAAUCCGUUUUAAGUUGUUGCAACAUAUUCUAUAACAAUUUUGUGGUGAAAUGAUCAACAAAUUAUGAUCUUGUGUCUUGAAAUGUGUGAGUUUGAACGUUAUACAUUUUCUGACGCAAUAGCGAUCUGGCAACAGUGCACGGACUCGGACUGAAAUCGGAUUUGCUGAUGUAUUAGAAAACACCUUGAAUUUAUAAUAGUCUUCACAUUCUCCGUUCUUUAUGAGGUACUAGGCCGGCGCCCGGUCGCUUCGGGAUCACGAGCAGAGGGCGGAUCGGCGCGGGCAUAUACAACGACAUCAAGCCGCUGACUGCUCCUGACGCUUAGGUGCCGAUUCACCCGCCGCUCGCGAAUACCCACCAUGUUGAGAGCGGGCGCGCGACACCCGGAUGCUGACGCGGGCGCGUCAUGCUCCCGCGCAUCCAACGCGACCGACGACAUGCCGACGCUGUACGCUACACUCAACGAGUACCUGCUGCUAGAGAACAAGUUCCAACCAAGGCUCUGUCUGCCCAACGACGAUGAGAAUGGUGAAGUGACAACGGGGGCCCGCGACGGCGCGGCCCACGUGUUGCGGUGCCUCAAGGUGUGGUACGACCUGCCGGCUGAGGUCCUCAUCGAUGCCAUCAAUUUGUUUGAUAGAUUCCUGACCAAGAUGAAGGUCCGUCCGUGUCACGUGCCUUGCAUCACGGUGUCCUGCAUGAACCUCGCCAUCGACCAGUACGCCAAGCACCACGGCCAGCCGCGCAACGUCGCCGUCGAAGAGCUCGUAUCGAUCUCUCAGUCGGCGUGCACGGCGGGCGACGUGGUGCGCAUGUCGCGCGUGAUCGCCGACAAGCUGGGGCUGGGCAGCGGCGCGCGCGCCGUCACCGCCUACCACUGGCUGCGGCUCGUGCGCGCGCUCGUGGCGAACGCCGCGGAACAUCUGCAGCUGCCGCACAUCGUGCCGGAGAGUGAGUUGAUCAACCUGCUGGAGAUCGCGGCGUGUGACGCCGUGUGCGCAAACGCACGCCUCAGCGAACUGGCGCUCGUGGUGCUCUAUUAUAAACUAGAGCAACAGAUGGUGGAAUGGGCGGAGCGCGGGUCGGCGCUGCCGGAGACCGCGUACUGCUUGUUCGACAUCGGGGCUCAGCUGCAAGCGCACUGCCGGAUGUCAGACACGUCGCUGGUAGCCACCCGCAACCGCGUGCGCGUGGUGGCGGCGCGCUACGAGGCGCGCUGCGCCGCGCCGCAGCGCCAGCGGCUCGUGUGGAGAUUGUCCUCCAGGACGCUCAAGGUGCUGCGGCCGACGGAGCGGCUGACCUCUAUGCUGCCCACCAUCGAGGAGCAACACUACUCGCUGGACACCACGCCACCAAGAAACAGGUCAGGCAGCGAAAGUAGCGAGAGCGAGGAGACAUCCGACUGGCCGCGAAGCCCCGUCCUGCCGGUGUAUUGCGACAACUGAACCCUGCUCACCCCCACACGGCACCUUCUGGAACACCACGACACCAAGCGUCUAUGUUAUUAUAAACUAUUUAUUUAUCAGUAAGAGCGAUAUUACAUCUUCCACUCAUGGUGAUAGUGAACUGUGAUCGUUAUUUGUUUUCAUAAUGCAUAGCCACUAUGGUCCUGUGGAGGAGGCGCUCGGUCUGCGAUUGUUGGAGUUAAGCAACUUUCGCAAAGGCCGGUCAUAGGAUGGGUGACCACAAAAAGAAAAGUUUUCAUCUCGAGCUCCUCCGUGCUUCGGAAGGCACGUUAAGCCGUUGGUCCCGGCUGCAUUAGCAGUCGUUAAUAACCAUCAAUCCGCACUGGGCCCGCGUGGUGGUUUAAGGCCCGAUCUCCCUAUCCAUCCAUAGGGAAGGCCCGUGCCCCAGCAGUGGGGACGUUAAUGGGCUGAUGAUGAUGAUCGUACACCAGCUUACUUCUCAAACGGGGAGCGCCGGUUGGAAUCCCGGUACUGGACUUGCACCAAUGAGUUAUUAAUUUAUCUCAAGUGCAGUUUUCACUAACACAAUUGGCUCGACCAUCAUAGACGGCGAUACGGCUCACCUAUCACGUUGGUCUAACAGAAAGCUCGCUGAGGUGUGGGUACUUAGUUCAUCUUGCGAUGGAUGUACCUCUGUCUAUCCCAAUUGGGAUAUGUCGUGAUCUUAUGUUUACCAUUUUUGGCAAUCAGGUUAUAAGCAUACAGAUAACGGUCACAGUGCGGUAGUAAUGUCGAUUUUUCGUCGAGUUUGUAAGAUGUAACAGCGUUUCCAAGCUCCUUGUUGAAUCGUUACUUUGGUAUUAAGCUUAGAUUUGAGGUCUGUUUACUUAUUGGUAAACUGUUCGGUAACAUUUCAACAGCACUACUGUCUGCCGAUAGACCCUCGAAGGGCCCGAAAAAAUCAAUCUAAAAAAUGGCUUAAAAGUUAUAAGAGCCAGGCAGGCAAAAACUUUUAAAAAGUAACUUCUAAGGUUGGCAAUUCGAAGUUUAAAAUGUACAUUUUUGGCGCGCGAAACGCAAAACUUUACAGUGUAAAAUAAGUAUUGAAAUACUGUCACUGUGUUUAUACAGUCGGCCGCAUUGCUUCGUACAAUCCAAAAAUAAGUAAAUAAUAAUUUCAGAAAACAUUUAUUAUUUAAAUAAUUAAUAAUAUCGGAAGACAUUUAUAUUGCAAUAUUUUGACAUAAAAAAAUAUAUUUAUAUAUUUGGCUGUAUUUAGAAUGUCAUAGACACGAUAACGAAUGUGCAAUCUAAAGUAAUGAUUUGGCAGUAUUAUAAUCAUUUAAUGUAACUAUAAUCGUUCCAUGUUUUUCGUAAGAAAAAAUACAUUUAUUUAUAUUAUUAAUAUCGCAUUUAAGUAACCGAAUCUACUUGCUACUUUUUCAAUCAUAAUUCUUUUAGAAGUCGGAAAAGAUAACUCGUGGAAACGGUUCCUUGGAUGAUAAUAAGCUGAAUAAUUAAAAACUUUGGUCAAAAAAGUAUUGUUUAAGAUAAAAUAACUAUUGGCGCGAAUUGAAACAUUUUUUCUUAAAGAAAAAAUAAAAUCAGCAUUGAAAAUAUUUUUUCUUUUUAUUUAAAAUGUGUGGCAAGGUAAACGCUAACAUCCUAGUCAAUAUAGGCUGUAUGGUGGAUUUACAGACAUGACCAAUAUCAUGUACCCACUUUAGAACCCUGUCGCACUAUCAUAUUUGACAUUUAAUGAGACUUAUGGUUUAAUUUGUCAAAAAAGUUAAUGUGACAUGGUUUCAAAGUGUUUACAUAUUAGUACUCGUGACCGUACGGUCGCGUCUCAAAAUAUGCAACAUAGUUUAAAACCUUGUCGGUUUAACGUAUUUGUCAUUUAGUGCAAUAGUUGUUACAAUUUGUCAAAUAGUUCGUGGGACAAGGUUCUAAAGUACAAACAUAUUUUCGGAAGUGACAGUAUUUACUGCGCCAUACGUUUUUAGAUGUAAGAAUUAGGCAGCUGCGAACAAAUACCGGUGUUCUAUCGAAGGUACGUGCGUUUUGAAACUAACACCUAUAUUCUAAGAUAUAAACUCGAAACUUCCUCCAUUCGACUCUGCUUCAGCUGAACAUUUUGGUAUAAGACCAAGUAAGUUUAAAAUCAAGGCUUUUCUAGCCACUUUUGAAAAUAGUUAUUACAAAAAUCUAUUUAAUAUUAACAUUUUUGUAUACAAUGGUACCCAGAGCAGAUCUAACGAACGGGAACAAAACUUCCCGUUGGUGAGGUUAGUGGGAAAAACCGCUUUACUCACUGGAGUCGAGCAUAUCGUACUGCCAACAUAAUAGUACGAAAAUAAUGACGUCAUCAACCUCACUGGAGUAAACUGGAGGUAAGGUUGAAGUGACGUCUAAGAAUUAAUUAAUUUUGAGCUGAGUUUGAGGUCUUCGUUAAGGUCGCCUCAACUAAGGACGGCGUCGAGGAAGGUUGGAGUGAACAUCUUCGAAUAUGGGUGUUAGAAUACCUACGUAGUCAGGAGAGUGAUCCCACUUUUGAAAAAAGUCAAAAUUCCGUGAUCCGUUUUUUUUUCCUUUUGGGGGCAAAUAUUCUCUAGAGUCGAGGGCGUUAGAGUUUAAUUUUCAUGGACUUUGAAAAUAGGAGGUUAUCGAGAAAUCUUCAAAAAAAAAUUAAGGUUAUAAACACACGAUCCCUUCUUUUCAAAGCCCAUAUUAGUUCGUAUUUAGGUAAUUUUUUCUACAAAAAAAAAGAAACAGAUUUUUUAAGAAUCGUGGUGCAAUUUGUAAAUUUGAACCAUUUAAAAUUGGAGUAUUAUUCUGUAUAGACCUGUUUUUUUUUUAAAUUGCAUAUCGGUAAGGGCAGCGUCUCUUCCUCGUUCGAAAGAGCUUAGUCAUUAUAAUUUAUUUAGCGCGUACGUACGUAGUUCGGUUUUUAAAAAUAAUUUUGUUAUUUCGAAAAUAAUGUAAAAAUGAUAGAUAAUUUAUAUCCGGAAUCAAUCGCGUUUAACGUAAAAAUACUGAAUUAUUAUUUUAAGUUUAAAAAAUAGGUUUAACAGGAAUAGGCGAGGCCCGAAGAGUCCAUAGCUUUUCUUACUGUGAUGAUUUUAUAAGGAAAAAAGUGAAAAAAUUCCAUAUUUUCUAGAUUGUAAGUUUCCAAGUACGUUUAAUAGGCGAGCGAAUGGAUUUUUAUUAUAAAAAAAACAAAGUGAAAAUCAAGUCCACCGAUUUUUUUUUAAAAGUACAUCUAGUAGUAUUAUACUUAUAAAUAUUGUGUAAUAAUUAAUAUAUUUUCAAUUUAUUUCUCGACUAACUCCAAGGAGUUUAAAAUAUAUUAAAAAAAAAAACAAUAAUUAAAAUAAAAAAAAUAUAUAUUUCGGCAUUAAUUUUUUUCAUUACUUAUUAUUUCGGUAGUGAUAGUAAUUUCUAAUAUUUGAUACUUAUUUCUUAAUUAUAACUAGUUAUAAUUAUAAAAGAAAUGACAAAAAAAAAUACAAAUCUAUAAAAAAAAAUACAGAAAAAAAUGAUCUCAGGUAAUUUUCUUUUCAUGUAAAACGGUAAAAUUACGAAUCAAAUAAAAAAAGUUUUUCGAAAAACUAAAAAAAAUAUUUUUAGAAAAAGCGUAAGAGAUGUAUGUGUGUUCCACUCUUGUUCCGCAUUUCGCGGUUUUUUCCGCUUUCUUUGCGUUUGUUUUUAAUUCGCAUACAUGGCUUAUGCUUGUUAAUUUUUAAGCCUUAAGUUUUUUUUUAAACAGCGUGAAUAGGCCUUGUCGUGUGCGUGACCUCGUCCACAACAACAUGAUGUACACAACAUUCUGUGAUAGUCUUAUUGAUAAUGUUUCAAUCAUUUCAUUCGAGACAUCGAAGGCACAGUGCGUUCAACAAGGUGAAAUUAUAGAAAAAAUGGCGCCAAAAGGGUAGUUCUUCGAACACAGGAAGUCAAGUUCAUAACCGUUAAUGCAAAAAUAUCCUAGAUUUUAUUUGCCUUUUAGCAAAUAUCUAAUUAGAACUUACAUAAGUUCGCGACAUACAUAAGUUCAAACUGGAUAUUUGCAAAAAGACAAAAGAUUCAAAUAUUUUUGCGUAAACGGUAAUUAUAUUGACUUCCGGUUUUCGGUGAACUGUACAAAUUUUUUACAACAUCUACAACAAUUUACAAUGGCGCCAAAUUGUUGAGCGCACUUAUUUAAAAUGAGACCAAUUUUUAAUCUCACGCACGCGUUUUUAUCAACCAGAAACAGAUAAAGGUAAUAUUCGAAUGUGAAUAAUAUAUAAUUUUCAAAUUAUCUAUUCGAAAAUUAGUUUUCUCUGUAUCAGGCAAGUAAUUCGUAAAUUAUUAUUAAAAUGAGAUCGAAUGAAUCGAUAAUGAAUGCGAGCGGGUCAGAUGACUCGUUCUAGCUAAAAUGUUGUUAUUACUUUUUUAAGAAUUAGACUGUAACAUAACAUUGCAUACAGCCACUUUUGUACAUUAAACUAGGCGUUUUCUUAUAAAAUUGCAUUAUGAUUAUCACCAAUUGAGCUGAAUAAAUAUUCUCCUUAAUAUACUAAUGAUUUCUUUAAUGAGAAAUAUAAGAGAAUGCCUAGCAUAAUGUAUUGAGACAGCCAUAUCGCGUAUACUCUGUUAAAUAUAGCUGGAUAUCGGAAAGAAUAAUACAUUUAGCUGGUGUGAAAAUUUUGCAGAAUAAUGUAAAUCUUUUCCAAGACACUCCAUUAAAAAUAAAACAUUUUUACCUUGUAUUAUAGAACGAGACAAAGUCCGCGCGCUCUCCUUUAUCUCUUAGUUUCCGGCCAUUUGGUCUAAAGUAACAUCCAGAGGAGGUGAGGUCAGGGUCCGACACGAAUUGGUGCGGGGAGUUACCGUUCUAUACGUAGUAUUAUUCUAUUGCUGUAUUUACCUGGGUAUACGUGUCACAUAAUCAUGAUACAAUGUACAGUUUUGUUAUAUUUUACUAGGAAGUUAGGAUAGAUAUAAUCUGACCCGAUCAAGCAAGUGUUAAUUCUCGAUCUAACCAUCUUUAUUACGUAUCGAUCGAAGGUAUUUUUCUUUUGUCCUAAAGCCAUAGAGUUGUGUGCUUAGACUAUUUUUUUAGCAAACUUUUUUUGUAAAUUAUUUUGAUUUUUUUAAAGUACCUUAGACGAUCAGUUUUUUUAAUUAUUUCAAUUCCGCGUAGUCAUCAUUUGCAAUAGAUCGUCGUAAGUUUGCUAAAGAAAUGGUUUCCUGUGCAUUUAAAAGUAAAUGUGUAAUUGUAGGCGUGUGUAGUGUAUGCAUUUGUAACUGGAAUUCUAUGUAAUGUGUGCUCUAAAUGAAAUCAAAAAAUCUGAAAUCUCGAAUCAUUGAGAUAAUAAAACAAGUUGGGACUCUU